AUGGCCCGAAUCUUUAACGAUGUGUGGACGUGCUGCAAUUGUGACGGUCCAAACCUCAUCGCCAAUGCACCUAGCAAAUGCCCUGUUUGUUCACAUCAAAGAUGUUCAUCUUGCAUUGUGGGCAGAAGCAGACACGCCAUGUCCACUUCCAAUUCUGCAGUUUGGCAAGCUCGAAACCGAUCGCAUCAACAUUGGGCUAUAGACGAAUUUCUGUCGGUGCUCCCCCGACCUCUGACCACCAUUGUUUCUACCCCAUAUGCUGGCAGCAACAACGGAAUUCCUCAAGUGAACUUCACAGUUGUGAGACGCGAGGUCCAUUCGACUAUUGACCCCAAGGUGCUUGCUAGACCUUCCAUGAGAGGAUCGUAG